AUGCCUCCGCCACAUGGGUGGUUGUUCAACGUCGACGAACGGGUAUCAAUCAAGUCGCUGGGCUCGAACGGCAUUGUAACUGGAUCCACGCGAGAUCGUGUACAAGUAUGGCACGAAGAGACGUUGACAACAGUCGAGACAACAUACUGGGAUCUGCGCAAGGACUUUCAACCAGGAGAUUUUGUGGUGGCAACUACAGACGUGCUUGAAGGACGCCAGGGAUGGGUAAUUGAAUUGCAGGAAUCAGAUCUUGAUAUUGAAGUGGUGGUUUUGGAAAGAAACACUGAUGGGAAACAAACAUCCAUCGAGUUCUUCACUACUCAUGCAAAUUCCUUGCGACAAGGCGAGCCAUCCGACAAGAUAUAUGCAUUCCUCCAACAAAACAACACACGCGAACAAGAACUGAACAUGCAGACAUGCAAAGUACCAUGGAUAGGCAUACAAGUAAACAUUUCCAUACCAGGGCAUAGAAAAGCACAUGGAACCGUAGAAGAUGUCGUCUUGGAUCCGAAAAUCCCCAGCGGUGUCAAAGUUCUGGUCCGAUACGACACAACAUAUGAUCCAAACAGACCAUUCUCAAUGGAGACCGUGGCUUACGAGCAAGCCACAGAAUGCAGAUGCACACCACCGCUUGAGGGUGAACACCCACCACCAUCAAUGAUUAUUACUAUGGAAGACGCGGCAUGGAAUCCGAGAGCAAGCGACGAGGAAGGACUACUGAAGGACCAUUGGAUAUACCAAGAAGCCUUCAGGAACCAGCAACUCAUGGUCAAAGCAGAUGGGGUAGAAAAAACCAUAUGGGCGGAAAAUGACGGCGACCAGGUUAUCCUGCUAUAUAAGAUCGGACAUGCGACAAAGAUGCUAAAGCCAAGAACUUUAGUUCCUUCACACCCAACACCUUGGGAUACCAACGUCUUUGUGAUUUUUGACCUCGCUGGUUUGACAAACAUGCGAUGGGUCACAAGUUUCGUGUGGCUGUUGUGA